GAAGUCCCCGUCGUCCGAUGCGUCGGACUGGACUACACCAGCCACAGUAGAGAGACAGGCCACAUAAUACCAAAGGAGCCCUCCAUGUUAAUCAAGCCGAACAGGACCGUAGAGGACCACGGCCAUCAAUGCCAUCAUCCACAAGGUCGCGCAGAAGACGCAGCCCGACUACGGGGCGAGCUGUGCAUCGUGCUGGGUCGCGACGCCAAGGACGUCUCCGAAGCUGACGCGCUCUCAUACGUGGCGCCAUACACCUGUAGCAACGACUUCUCUGCCCGCGAGCUCCAGCAAGACGCCGAGCUGGCCGGGCAUAUGCCACAGUAG